CGCGCGCGCGGAUCCGUGACCCAAGAGCAGCGCAUCCGGUUUAUGCUGAAACGGGAGCAAGUGCAGAAGACGCACGCGGACGUGCGCGGGUAGGCGAGGCGAACUGAGCGUCAAUUCGGUUGCAGUGAUUUGGGGAAACACCUUGCUGUUGCCGCCGCCGGGUCCGUUGUAUCGGCUCCCGCUCUUCGUCCCGCCCCUCCUCUCCUACAUGGACGCUCGCUCGCUUUCCGGCGGAGCUUGACCAGGCAUCGCCGCGCGGCCAAUUCGGUGGUGAAUUCCUAGCGUUUUAACCAGAAGGAAUCUUUCCCGGCUGGGCUUCCGAGCUGGUCGACCGGCGGUUGCCGACUCCUGGCGCCGGUGCAUGACGCAGCAUUGGACGUCUCGUAGCGCCUCCGACGGUAAAGGGACGAGGAGGAGGCAGAUAAAGGGAAUCGUUUAAAGGAGGAAGUGCUGUCUCUAAUGGACGAAGAUUUUUCCGGCUAAUGUGGUGCGAAGGUCGGAAGGACCGCCGCUGUGUUGGUGCCGUCGCUGCUGCCGCCCGUGCCGCUGUUCGCUGCCGCAUCUGCUGCUGCUAUACUUGUGUUCUACCCGUGUGAGGCGAAAGACUCGCCACCGAGCUCAGGUGUGCUCUACGGCGAAGCAAGAAAUGAUCGGCAACUGCUGCUUCGAAGGCCUCCGAUACAAACGACCUAUGGUACCCCUCUGCAUAGCUUUGCUGCUAGCGCUGGCAUUCGCGUCCGCCGCGGCGACGCCACGCCAGGACCAGAGGGAGCCGCGGUUGGCGCAGCUUGAUCCGGAGGUCGAGACAGCCACCGAGGACUACGACGUCGAGUUCAUCGAGGGCCGCAUCGUGGGCGGCAAGCCGGUGUCCCUGCUUCGAAAGCGUGCACACGGUGGCGGUACCGCGUCCAAGACUUCUUCGAGUGCCUCCGGGGCAAAGUCGCAGGGAACGAAGGGCAGUAACGACUCGACUUCAACGUCGUCAGGAAGCGGGGAAGCCAAGCGACCGCCAUGGAAAACCACUGGAAGGCCAAACGUAGGUGACGGACUCAGGCCAGAGUCGAGCAGCUGGAGACCUUCCUUGUCCGGCACAGGUUCGAAUGCUGGUAACAAACGUCCAAACUUGGCUCCUGGAAACCGGCCAGACAGCAGGCCAUCUGGCGGUGGCUCGUCUGUGGACAGUCAACGGCCGCAAGGUUCGGAUCGACCACGCGAGACGAACGGUUUUGACAACGAGCAUCGGGGAGGCUUGCCCAACCAGAACCGAGAGGUGCCUUGGAACCACCAGGGGGUGUCUCCGGGCUACAGCUCGUACCCUGCUCCAGUCACCUCCGCUUACACAGACGACGAGUCGCCGAGCUACAUCCCGAAUACGCCGGCGACACCGAACGCGUACACACCAAGCAACGAGCAGCGACCAUCGCUGACGUCCAGCCCGACCAACUCCGCCGGCUCUCAGGGAGGCGGAGGAAUCAUCAUCGGCCAUCCGCCGACCAACACGUUCUCGCAGCGCGAAGGCAGCGUGAACAGGCCUUCCGUAGUGUCCGAUCACGGCAACGUGCCGCGACAGGGCGGUGGUUUGAUCAUAGGCAGUCCACCGAUGAAUGGCUUCGGCGGUCACCCGGGAGGCUUCAACGAGCAACCGCCACCGCAGGAAAUAGACCAGGCGCGAAGAGGAGUCGUUAACCAGCAACCCCCGCACCAAGGAGUUGGCUCCUUCGGCUUGCCGUCCAUACCGACCAACCCAUUCGCUCCUUCGAACUCGGGAUUUCACGGUCCCGGCGGUGUGCCGCUGCCAUUUGGAGCGGGUCUCUUCAAUCCGGGACUCGUGAACAUCCAAAAAGCAGUGGAACAGGCGGCUGCUGGUGUACUGGGAGCGGCCGGUGCUGGAGUAAACCCCACAGCAGCCAACGUGUUUGGAAGGACGUCUACGUUUGGCCAGAUGUCCAGUUUUGGAUUCACGGAUAGGAAGUGAUUCCGUACGCGCAUGGUUUCAUUAAUGAAGAGACAACGCGGCGCAUAACGUACUCUGGUUAUUACGGGGUAAUAAUGAAGUCUCAUUAUAAGAGCGUAGCGUUAAUGCAUGCUGCAGUGCACUUGAUUGAGUAAUCUUAAUGGUGAUGUAGUACUAGUACUAUAAUAAUUGUGUUAAGUCCUGUAGUCUUAGAAAUGCGCUAAAGCGUUGGCUUUUUUGCUCUUUCUUUUUUUAUGGCGCAUAGGGAACAUUGUAUGACUAUAGGAAUGCGUGUCUUUCCUACAUCAAAAGAUAGUUCUGGCAAACCGGACUGCGAACGCCAUUGUGUCGUUCCAGACAUUCAGAAUUCUAAUAUUCAGGUCGUAACAACUUGCUUAGACUUCUGAUUGUGUGCCAAAUGAUCGCAGUUUUUGGAUGCAGCGUAGCUUGGAUUCGUGCUUAGCUUAGCUUCGUGCAAACUACUGUGCUAACGUCGCACAGUAGUUUGAUCACAAGGAGUUAAAGGCAUUGUGUUUCUUGCUUAACGUUUUUGAACAGGGCAUCAGAAUUACUGAACUGCUGUACAGCCUACCUUUUUUUUUCUUUUUUUGCAAAUACCAUGCUGAUGUUUUCCUGCUCUCAAGAGUAAGGAAGCAGCAAAUCCCAGCCAAAGGUGUUGACACGUUUUCCUUCGUACGCUCCUACAAAAAUGCUUUGUAAGCGAAUUAUACACUGCCAGCAAUUCGUAUUGUGGUGCUGUGUGAGAUGGAUGAUAGUUUCAAGGACAAUGUAAACAGCUGCCAUUAAUUUUGCGAUGAAGUCACAUGCGGCGCGUGUUGGAUAAACACUCUGUCUGUCUCAAAACAUUGCAGGAUAGUUACUUAUCGCAAAAAAACAUAUGUUGAGGAAUGCUACGCUGCUAAUUACGUGUCGUACAGUCUUAAGAAGCCAGCGAGUAAACAAUUUAUUGAAAAACACGAUGAGCUCAUCCGUUUUAUACGAAACCUGUCGUGACGCGGGAACAAAUGACGCUACACGCCGUUCCAGGACCUCGAGAGAUGCUAGCGCUUUGACGUCCGGUAGUGCAUGGCUGUCCCAAUGCAACUUAAACUUGCGGAAGUCUCAUAGACGCCAGCGCACGUACUCCAAUAUUUCCUUCCCAUUGUUCCUUUGUUUCGUAUGAUGGCAUUUCUUUGCAGGGAUGUUGGUGAUAUUGCAAUUUAUGAAAGUUUACUUUUCUUGUGGUGGCGCUGCUUCCUAACUUUCCAAUUUUUACUACUGUGUAUUUUUUGUGAUAAAUAAACCACAAUUUCUUCUACUCGUUUGUACAUGUAAUGUUAGUUUAAACGCAGCUGCUGCAAUACGUGUUUGUUGAUCCAAAGGUGCUACACAGUAGUGUACUGCUGGGUGUGUAUUUUUGUUUACCACUUCUAUACCUUGUAACGCAAGGAACGAGCCUUCUACCACAAAAAAUGCUUUAUAUGUGCA